AUGGCGGGUCCAAUCGAUACGGCAGCAGGUGCCAUCAACAAGUUCGUUAUGCUAUGGUUCCAGAUCUAUCAAAUGGUCCUGGCCAAGAUACUCUCACCAGACCCGCCUCCGCCCGGAAAGAAACUACACAGACCUCGCGUCGCUAUCGUAGGAGCCGGACUCACGGGUGUCUCUGCCGCAGCACACUGUGUAGGCAAUGGUUUUGAUGUUCACAUCUUUGAGGCAGGUCCUCGGGAGCAUCUAGGAGGCAUCUGGGCUAAGAUCCACUCGGUCAUGUACCGCUUCUUCCCUACCGUCUUCUGGAGUAAAGGUUAUCCCAAUCGUAAAGAGAUUGUUGAGCAAAUUGAGAAGGUCUGGAAGACGUACAAUCUCGAAGAGAAGACUACAUUCAAUCACAAAGUCGAAUCAGUCAAGGAAGAUGACAAAGGUCGAUGGACUAUCAACGACAAUUCUGACGAGAAGUUUGACGGUAUCAUCGCUGCGAUUGGUAGUUGUGGUGAUCCAAAAAUGCCUCAUAUUCCAGGCCAAGAGAAGUUCAAAGGACAAAUCUACCACUCUAGCGAACUUGACGGUAAAGACGUCAAAGACAAGACCGUCCUGAUCAUUGGUGGAGGUGCCAGCGCCAUUGAGGCUAUGGAAUUCACCACGAAAGAAAAGGCCAAGAAGGCAAAGAUCCUCUCAAGAUCCGAGAAGUGGAUCAUCCCUCGCAAUCCUAUUAUUGACAUGCUGCUCUCCUUCAACAUUUUCGGACAAGAGACCAUCUUCUCAUGGAUCCCAGAGAGACUACUCAGGAAAUUCUUCUACCGUGACUUGGCAGACAUCGCGCCUCCACCUGGCUCGGCCGGUCUCUUUGAGGAGACACCCAUGGUCAACAAUGACGUUUUGGAGCAGAUUCGAUCCGGCAAUGCUGAGUGGCUUCGAGGUGAUAUCCUAGAGGUGGAAGAGAAUGGCAUCAGAUUCAAUCGCCGCCAACAAGGCGUACCCAAGAACGGUCCUGGACACGAGAAGAUAGAAGAAGGCGAAUGCGUCAUCAUCAACCCAUUCAGAUGGAAGUGGGCUAUAUUCGUGUUUACUGGCGUAGGCAUUGGGUUGCCAUUGAAUAUCGUCGACAAGGAAGACAAGAUCAGAAAUGGUAUUGGUAAACCGGCGGAUCACAAGACACAUACCUACUAG